AUGACCCGCCCGCUCACGCAGGCCAGCCGGGCCUCGGCCUCGGAGGCCGUCCACCGGGGCAAGAAGACCGCCUCAUCUGUCGACUCGGUUGACCUGGUCACAUCCUCCCCCCCCGGAGUGGGCUCCGCCCCGGCCCGAUCGGCCCUCCGGGAGACCCUUCACUUCGCCCUUUUGGCCUCCGGUCUCUAUGCCUCCUUCCUGACGUGGGGUCUGCUGCAGGAGCGCAUUGCCUCGACCACCUACCUGGCCAUCGACGGGUCAACCGCUCGGUUCCAGCAUUUCAGCCUGCUGUCGGCCUUCCAGGCGCUUUUCUCGGCCAUCUUGGCCCGGGUGUCGCUGGCUCUCCUGCACAAGGACCGGCCCUUCCCCAUCUGGCGCCGCGGCGCGGCCAGCCUGCAAUUCCUGAUGGGCCUGGUUGGCCUGACGGCUGCCUCCUCGAGCCCGCUGGCGUACGCCUCCCUCGCGUACCUGAACUACCCGACCCUGAUGCUGGGCAAGACGGCCAAGCUGAUUCCGGUGAUGCUGGUCCGGUGGGUGGUGUACGGCCAGCGGGCCGAUGCCCGGAAGGUGUUCGCCUCGCUGGCCAUCACAGCCGGCGUGUUUGCCUUUUCCAUGCUCGGCGAGUCCAGUGGCCCCUCGAAGUAUGACGGCCAGACGACCACCGGCGCUGGGCUGGCCCUGCUGGCCCUGAGUCUUCUGCUGGAUGGCCUGACCAAUGCCACCGAGGACCGGAUGUUCCAGCUGUUUGGCAAGGGUGGCUCGGCUCGGUGGCGCCUGGCCCGGGGCCCGGCCGCCGGUGCCGCUGACCCCACCUCCCCCGACCAGGUGUCCGCGGAGGCUCUGGCCGCGGCGCCCACCUUCACCGCUCCCCAGCUCAUGCUCUACCUGAAUCUGGCGCACUUUUGCCUGCCGCUGGCCGGCUUCGGGGCAGCGGUCCUCCUGACCCGGACCCUGUCUCUGCCGGGGCCGGUGGUCGGCCUGCUGACCCCCCUGAUGGAGACAUACAGCCAUGGGCUGGCCUUCCUGCGGACGCAUCCCGCCGCCCUGGUGGACGUGUGUCUGUUUGCCUUCUGCGGGGCCGUGGGGCAGCUCUUUGUCUUCGCCAUCCUGGCCAAGUUCGGCUCCAUCACCCUGGUCACCCUGACUGUGACUCGGAAGCUGGCGUCCAUCGUGGCCAGUGUCUUCCUCUUCCGGCACCCGGUUACCGGGCCCCAGUGGGCGGCCAUCGCCCUGGUGGCGGCAGGCCUGCUGAUUGAGGCCGCCGAGGGGAUUCGCAAGGCCGGGCGCAAGUCGCAGCACCCGGCCACCCCCGCCGGGGGGGCUGUCACCAAGCAGAAGGCGCAUUAG